UUUUUCAGAAAAACUCAGCACUCUCUCUCUUUCUCUCUCUCUCUCUCUCUUUCUCUCUCUCAUGAGCUCAUCAUGAGCUCCGACCUAUCUUGGGACAGCCACGUCUCUCAUAUCUCUAAGAAGAAAUUCAAUAAUACUGUUGAUGGAACUCUGUCGGCAAAUCUGAAAUGCGCAACAAUACCGAGUGUAGAUCACGAACUAUGCCAGAAAUAUUAUAUAAGCAGAAAUUAUUCAGUGACACCUCGGAUGGCAUGUUACGGAUUUAAAGAGGGAGGCGUAGACGCUUGUCAAGGUGAUUCUGGUGGACCAAUAGAGCGUAAUAAUAUUCUCCUCGGUAUAACUUCAUGGGGAGAUAAUUGUGCUAAAGAGUAUUCGCCUGGUGCAUACACAGAUGUCAUAUUAUUUCGAUAUUGGAUUAAAAUGGAAACCGGAAUGGAAAUUUCUGCGCAUUUUUCAAGAAAUUUAUUAUUAUAACAACGAAUUUACCAGCAAAAAUUGCGAAUUUUCCGGAUUAUAUUACAAUGGAAGAGCAAGAACCCAGUUGCGUGAGCCAUCAAGAAGUUUUGAGUUAUUUAAAAGAUUAUGCUCAACAUUUUGAUGUGCAUCGAUAUAUUGAAAUAAUUGCACUAUAUAUCUGAAUAACCGCGAUUGCGCAAAAUAUGAAAAAUAGGCAAUAAUUUGAAAAAUAUGAGCGCUCGCAAUUUAAUGCGACCUUAUCUUACGUCAUGCGUAAGCAGUCCUGUAGUGUUUUUGGCCAGAUUGGACUUACCUAUUGCAUAGCCAUCCAUUCUGGUUGUAUAUCAGCCAGAGAACAAAAAGAAAUCAAGCUCCUUCGAUAUCGGCUGAUUAAAAGCCGACGAUUAUAACGUUACGGUCGAUUAGAAAUCGUUACGAUCGUUAAUAAAAGCGCGUUAAUUAUAUCAAAAAAGAUAAAUAAUCACGUUUAUCAAUAAAAUAUUAAUUAAAUU